GAAGUUCUUGAGUGACAAAGAAAACGGAAAAAAGAAGACAAAGAAAAAUCAGAACUAAAAGAUGGAGUAGGAGGGGAAUCGCGAGGAAAUUAUUUAUCAUAAUCUAUAUUUCCCAUAUAACAAAGUGCAUUGUGACAACUGUGAAAAAGAUAUAACAAAAUAAGCGCGAAUUCUAUGCAACGACUGUCCAAAUGCGAUAGAUAUUUGCAUGAAUUGCUUUUUAAACCUCCAAGAAUUUGAAUCUCACGUAAUCAGCCAUUCUUACUCUAUAAUAAACAAAUUGAAUUUUCCCAUAUUUGUAGAGGAUUGGACAGCUGAAGAAGAAUUAUUAUUGUUGGAAGGAUUGGAGAAGAAGGGAUUUGGUAAUUGGCAAGACAUAGCUGAAAUGCUUGGCGGAGAAAAAGCACAGGAAGAAAUAGCACAACAUUAUGAUGAUAUUAUUUUGAGUGGGGAAUUUAGAAAGAUGCCACUAUUAUCCAAAAGAAACCAAGAUACUCUUGAGUUAAUUAAACCAAAAAGAGCACAAACAGCUCCAAAAAGAAUAAAGGAAGAACAGAAUAUAACCAAAACUGGUCGUUUAACACCCAACAUGUCUUCUUAGAGUGGUUAGGAAAUAGUAGGAUUUAUGCCCAAAAGAGGAGACUUUGACAUCGAAUUCGAUAAUGAUGCAGAACUAUUGUUGGCAGAAAUGGAAUUCAAUGAUGAUGACAAGCCAUUUGAAAUCGAUAUGAAAUUAAAAGUUCUUGAUAUUUACAAUAUAAGAUUGGAUGAGAGAAUCAAAAGAAAGAAGUUCGUUAUUGAAAGAGACUUGCUCAAUUUAAAGAAACAGAAUAUCUAAGAUAAAUCUAGAUCAAAAGAGGAGAAGGAAUUACAUAACUUAAUGAAACCAUUUGCAAGAUUCAAUAAACCAGAAGAUCACGAAAGAUUAGUGUAGAAUCUAAUCAAAGAAAAGCAACUUAGAGCUAAGAUCGAGGAGUUGAGAUACUAUAGGAAAUUAGGCAUGAAGACUUUUGAAGAGGUUGAGGAGUAUCUGGCUGAAAAGAGGAAGAGAGAUGAACAGUAUCAAAGGAGAUAAAAACAAAAUGAUUCAUUUGUUUAUGACUCAUAAAAAUAAAGGUUUAUGCAAAGAAGAACCAGGUUCAUUCCUUUGAUGGAGGGAAGGGAUAAACAUAAAUCAGGUCCAUCUUUUUGUGAAGAGGAAUACUAAUUGUGUCAAAAAUUAGGACUAACCGAAUAAGAAUAUUUGAUACUCAAAGAGGUACUUGUGAGGGAAUCAGUCAAAAAUGGAAUCAUCAAGAAAGAUUAGGCACUACAAAACUUCAAGUUAGACAAAGAACGUGUCACAGGAGUUUUUGAUUACUUGGUUGUUAAGGGUUUAAUACAUGAGAAAGAAUGAAUUAUAAAUUAAUCAAUAAUAUUAUUAUC